AUGCUUUUCAUCUUUACUGUACUAGCUUUCUUCCUAGCAAAUGUUGCCUCUAGCGAUCUCUCAAGAAGCACAUUUUCAGCUCUACCGGAUGAUGUACUAUCAGCUUUUGAAGAGCUCAACUCUUACGGCGGAAAACUGGUGUGGAGCGAUGAACUGGCUGAAAAGGCACUGAAACAUCUGAAGUCUCCGGAUAGUGAAAAGGCCGACUUGGUGAUUGGAGAAGAAAUAACCUUACCAGAGGACGAUUCUUCUCCCCUAGGAAUGGGAAUGAAAAUUUACAGUGCCUUCAGCGAACUCUUCGAGACAAAGGGAUCGGAAAUCAGCAACCUUCCUGACGGGUCAAAGUAUGGAUGCAACUACGAAAAUUCGGUAGAGAAUAAAGGGGCUGUUUUGAAAAUCGUUUGUCUCUACAACAAAAAUUCUCAUUAA